AUGUCUACAAACCAGUCUUCACAUCCAAAGGAUUGCGAGAAAUUUGCUAUCGACACCAGCAAUGCGCUGGAAUCACAGAUGACCAACGGGACAAGCGGUACUCUUGAAAGUGCAGAGCUUAGGCCCAGAUUUUCUGUUUUAGCUGCUGUUGGCAUGCAAUAUAGUAUUAGUGCCACUCCAUUAGCCGUUGGCGGUUACUUGACAUUCAUCCUUGGGGUCGGGGGCAGUCCUUAUUUCUUCUACUGCUUCUUGGUCGCUGCCUUUGGCCAAAUGUUGGUCUGCAUAUCUCUGGCCGAGAUUGCUGCUGUAUAUCCUCAUGCAUCCGGGCAAGUCUUUUGGACUGCUGCACUGUCGCCACCGGAAUGGGCCCGCUUCCUUAGUUACUGGAACGGAGCCAGCACAACACUCGGCUGGGUUUUCGCCAAUGCAGGCACCUAUGUCUUUGCAGCUCAAAUAUUCUUGGGAGCAAUAAUGGUCAGAUUUCCAGAUUACGUUGCUAAAAGUUACCAAGUCUUCUUGAUCGCUGUCGCCUGCGGUGUAAUCGGUAUUCUCCUGAAUACGUUGCUGUUUAAGAUCUACCCGGCCGUCUCGAAGUUUAUGGUUUGGUUUAUCAAUGCUGGAACUAUCUUUAUUUUCGUUGCGCUUCUCACUCGUACUACGCCCAAGGCUUCUGCCCGUCAAGUCUUCAUCGACGUCGUCAACGAAACGGGAUGGAGUUCAAACGGUCUGGUGUUUCUUCUAGGCUUUUUACCCGGCAGUGUAGCUAUUGCGUGCUUCGAUACUGCAGCCCACAUGGCUGAGGAGAUGGAUCAGCCUGAUCGACAGGUUCCUCAAGUCAUGAUCGGUGCAUCGCUGCUCUGUGCGCUAUCCGCAAUACCGAUGAUUAUCACCUUUCUUUUUUGUACCACGAAUCCCUACACUCUGCUAAAUCCGAUUGGUGGCCAGCCAGUCUAUCAGGUUUUACACGAUGCCUUCCAUUCUGAUGGACUAUUGGUCGUCGCUCUAAUCAUAUAUUGCGUCGUUUAUAUUUCAUCCUGCCCGGCUGCUAUUGCAACCGCCAGCCGACUAAUUUGGUCCUUUGUCAAACACGGCGGCAUGCCUGGUGCCAGAUGGAUUGGUGAGGUCCAUCCUGUCAUGCAGGUUCCUCUCAAUGCCAUCUUGUUAACAGUCUUUGCUUCUUGCCUUAUUAGCUUGUUGGUGUUUGGACCCAGCACAGUUCUCAACGGGGUUUUUGGUGCCGGAGGCAUCUGUUUCGCAUUCUCAUAUGGCAUGCCAAUUUGGCUGCUACUCUUGCGAGGGCGAUCCCAGCUUCCCAAGAAGCGGUACUGCAAUCUUGGUAAAAUAGGCGUGCCUUUGAAUAUUCUCGCGGUUUGCUGGCAACUAAUCUCGGUCACCUUUCUUUCUUUCCCUUUGUACAGGCCAGUCACUCUGGGCAACAUGAAUUGGGCCUCUGCUUGCGGCGCAGUCGGCCUUGGUAUCUUUGUGGUGAAUUGGUUCGUCUAUUCGAGGAGGAAUUUUCGGCCACCUAGGCAACUCUAUGUUCGUAACCUACAACAGACAGAGACCGACGCCUAA